UCACCUUUAUCAGCUGUACUCCGGAGAGCAGGGAGUGUUAUCACUGUAUUAUUAAGGGUGGGGGGUUAUUGUCUUAUAUGACUCCCCCUAAUAGCAGAGUGGACUCUUCCAGUGCCCUCUGUAGACAUACAUCACACAUUGGACUGUUCUCUGCUAUCAUGAACUUUGUGACCUUUGUCCGGGAAUUCUGGACCUUCUCCUUCCUGCCGGCUGGAAUGCUGAUCGGCUGGUAUUUUGAUCGGCGGUAUGAAGAGAAGCUGUCCAUCUUCAGACAUAAAAGCAAACUCUUCCAAGGGGAGCUUGAGCCAAAAAAAGAAGAGUCGUAGAGAUGGCGAUCUGCAAUGGUCUACACUGCAGACACUGCAGUCCAAUGUUCGAUUUCCUGUAUAAAUUGUGUAUUUUGAAACCAGCUGUUAUCUGUUAUAUAUAAUAAAUAUGAUUUCAAUGGUAAUAA